UCUGUCUGAGGGGAGAAAGAGGAGCGGCGGGAGCCUCCUCAGCCGGGACCAUGUCGUAUAUCCCCGGUCAGCCCGUCACGGCCGUCGUGCAAAGAGUUGAAAUCCACAAGCUCCGUCAAGGGGAGAACCUGAUUCUGGGCUUCAGCAUUGGAGGCGGCAUUGACCAGGACCCCACCCAGAAUCCCUUCUCGGAGGACAAAACAGACAAGGGCAUUUAUGUCACAAGAGUGACAGAAGGUGGUCCAGCAGAAAUUGCCGGGCUUCAGGUUGGAGAUAAAAUAAUGCAGGUGAACGGGUGGGACAUGACGAUGGUGACUCAUGACCAAGCACGGAAGAGGCUGACCAAGCGGAAUGAGGAAGUGGUCCGGCUCCUGGUGACCAGGCACUCGCUACAGAAGGCGGUGCAGCAGUCAAUGAUGUCCUAACUGCACUGUUGGGUCAGGAUGAAGGCGAAUCUAGAACGGGGGCUGGGAAGGACAUUGAUCACAGUUCACCAGUGGACCACAGGCAGAUCUUUUGGGCAAAUGCCACUGACUGACUUCCAAAAAAAUCCCUCCACAGAUGUAACACUGCCUGCACUCUCUGUAGAAGUAAGCUCCAUGUGUACAUAAAGAGGGCACAGAUGCCAUGGGCAUUGCCAGAUGGUCUUUCAGGAGGGGUUUUUUUGGUGGCACAGUUGGACUGCUCUCCAGGCCCCUUCUGUAGCAGAUUUCAAAUCAAGACAGUCCCUGGGAAAGUGAAGACAACUUGAGGUGCCUGGGGCACCUUUGGUUGAGGGUCAGCCCCAAGGGUAGAAGCCAUAUUGAGGUCUGUUUCUCAAUAUGGAAGUCUCUGGUGUAUUCUGCUCAUUAACUCUACCUUGGCACCUGUCUUCCAGGAGUAACAAAAGCCAUCAUGAUACCACAAAUGGGAGGGGCAGUAUUACUGGUUAUUUUGAGGCUUUCUUACUGGUGUGGAAGGUAUCUGUGACUUAAACACCAAAUGCUCUUAACCUAUUUUUAAAGGCAGCCAAAGCACAUUUCAUCUUUGUUAGAAAAGGCAUUAUUGUAAAUAACCUUUUUGAUAUUAUCACAAGGUCUGUUUCUCUAGUCUAAUUUGGAAACUCAAGGCGAACAUACCAAAUGCAGUCUGUAGUAGAUUUCUGGUGUCUGGGUGAAGCCGAAACUUGCUGCACUGCCAAGCCUCCUUGGGAAUUGCCUUGAGACCUGAGUUGGGUACUGAUAGCCCUGCAGCUAGCGGAGGGGCCCCUCUCCUGGAAGAAUCACGUUUGUGCUUUGACAGGUACCAAACGUUGCAACCCGAAACAUCACAAUUGCUCAGACACAGAUAUUAUGAAUCUCUUACAGCUUCUUUGCCACUACUAGGUACACUCUUAAAUUUUAAGGGACUGCUGUGACUAGAGCCUUAAACGUCUUCGGGUUCCUAAAUCAUGCUUUGAAAAGUAAAAGACGACCACUCUUGGUGAGAUUCUUUCUUACCCCAAUUCUGUGUGCAGCAGGGAUUAUCCUGCUACUGCAGUCCCCCUCACAGGCAAAUCAUCUUGGGUUCUUUCAGCCCUUCCAAAGACAGCCUCCGAUUUCUCUUUGUAUUACCCUCUUUGCAAUUGUACUUCCAACUUGUUUUUUUUUAAUGCACUGUAAAUAAUCCUCCUGUGGAAGUUUCACUAACUUAUUUCAGUAUAUUACUGCUAUUCCACUUGUGUGCUGAUUUUUAACCUCAGUCAUAUUUAACUCAGGCUAGGACUGGAGAAGAAAGUGCCCAUCUCCGCCACUUGCUGCCUCCUGGGCUGUGAUUUGUACUGGGGUCUUUUCUAUAACUUAAAACUACAAACCACCUGGUUAGUGCGAGGGUAAGAGCAAGUCCACAUCAGCCUGGUUUCUUGUUUCGGGGGGAAGCAUUUCGUUGGCUAUGCUGCUGCUCUGCCUGACUUUGUAUACAAUAAAAUUCGGCUGGGUUUUCUAGUUUGA